AUGGCCACCAAGGCAGCUUCACGCCCUGACGCCAAGGCGACGGUUCCUCCCAACCAGACACUGUACUGCACCAACCUUCCAGACAAACUGCGCAAGCAUGAUCUUCGCUCGUCGCUCUACACCCUCUUCUCUACCUACGGCACCGUCCUCGACGUCGUGGCCAUGAAGACGAACAAAAUGCGAGGCCAGGCUCAUGUGGUCUUCAAGGACGUUCAGGCCAGUACACAAGCCAUGCGCGCUCUUCAAGGAUUUGACUUUUUCGGCAAGGAAAUGAAAAUCGUUUACGCCAAGGGAGCUUCCGGCGUGAUCGCCAAGCUUCGAGGUACAUACGUUGCACCUGCUACCGGUGCCGGACCCAGUGGGGUCUCGACCGAUCUUCAGAAGACCAUCUUCAGCGGCCCGCCGGGCAGUGUGCCCGCGCGACCCGCGACCGAGACCAACGGGGAGGCGCACGGAGUGAAGCGAGCUCGUGAAGAGGAGAGCGACGAGGAGGAUGCGCCGAUGGAAGAAGACAGUGACGUGCCGAUGGAAGCUUCCUCGGACGAAGACUAA